UUGACGACGCUCUCGUGGUGUUCCUCGGCUCCCGGGUCGCCAUAUUUUUUCUCGUGGUCGUCUGGGCGCCUUGCCUUGGUUCGUUCUUCGUCUAUUGUAAAAAGUGCAGAUUCCGCGUGAGCCGCUUUGCGCCGUUACCAAAUUUCAGCGAUAUAACAAAAAAAAGGUUUGCGAUGCUGCGAGGUACUUGCGUGUACCUCGACGAGUGAUUAUUGUGACGCGCAAGUGUGUAAGUGAGAAGCUAUUGUGAUUUAAGGAGGAAAAAAGAAAGUGGAAAAAAAUGGCUAAAAGGAGCAACAAUUCAUUGGGAAGACGCUCGUACGGCGGGAAACCAUAUGAUGCAAACAACUCAUUCGUCAAGAAAAUGGCCACUAAAGUCACAGAUCUCAUUCCACAAAGAUUCAGCAAAUGGUUUUCUCCGCAAGAUAGCGACGACGCAUCGAACCAGGAUCCGGAUUUGAUUAACGGAGAAGAAGAAACACGACAACCACCUGCCAAACGGCCAAGAAUUCGUAUGGAUGUCACUCACCCGCCGGGAACAUUUUCCAUCAAAACUCUUGACAAGAAUCAAACUGAAAGUCACGAAUCACCGGUUGAUAACGGAAAUGGUGAAUUUGUCCUCGAGCCCACAGCUGCAGGAUCCAGUGACGUGUGUAAAAUGGUAUCAUCGACGCCAGUUGUGCCCGAAGCAAGAAACUCCAAGUGUCGCAGACCUCAAGAAAUAACUCGUUUAGCCACAACGAAUAAUGGUGGAAGCAACGGCGUUGACGACAAUUCCGAGUCUGGUGAGAGUACCAGUGGCUGUAGUUCCCUCAUUCCUCAGACAAAUAGGCAAGAGGGAGCUUCAAAUUUGUCAUACGGUUCUAAUGUGCCGGGAGGAAGGAAUAGACCGACGGACGAUAAAUCCUCUUUUGCGAAUCAUCUACAAUCUCCGCGUUGCCUGUUUCUGACAAGCGGUGGUAGCAGAGAUUCUCUGUCGAGUAGACGUCCAAGUUUCAACGCUUCUAUAAUGAGCAACAACGGUAACAACAUGGAGCGUUCAUCCGCACUCUCAUCGCCGUUUUACAGUGGGAACGUAACAUUCGGUGGUGCAAAUGCGGUCAGUAAUUACAAGCGGAGUCGUUCGUUGUUCAACAGUGGAAACGAAUUUCAAUUGAAAGUGCCACGAAGAACGAGCGUUCGGGUGAAGCCGUCGAACGUCGAAUCGAUCGACGCUUCAGGAAUGAGUCAAACGGCCAAGAGAAUUCUCGAAGCGAUGGAAUAUUUUUCGUCCCCGAUAUCGGAUGCGAAGAAAAUACCGAUGAAACAACUUUCGGUAACUCCGGGUGGAACGAAGCGACCGCGGGAGGAGAGAACGAAUUCGACAGGCCCGCCGACGAGAGUCGGACUCCGUCAUUUGACGAAGGAACUCGCUGUUCCCACAGUUCCAGAAAUGUUGAAACUUCGAAGGAGGCAAAAAUUACAAGACACGACAGUCGCUGCUCGGAAAAUUAUUUCCGCCAAGAGUGGCCCGGCUCUGUCUUCCUCUUGGUUCGCAACGGAGACUCCGACAACCGAGGAUUAUCAGUUGAGAACUGAGGUCGAUCAUACGUGGAAACAUCAAGGGAAAAUGCGCACCAGAAACAGAAAUCCUAAGGAAGAAGGCCCAGUGCCGAGGGUCAAUUUGCCCAGUAUUUCUCUUCCCAUAACCUCGCUACCGAGUUUCGAACCUCUCCCGGAAUAUACAGCACCCACGAUCCCUUCGAAUCGGAACAACAAAGAAGAAACUGACGAUUCGAACAAUUUCAAAUUCGCCAGUCCCAUAAAAAUGAGCGAAACGUCUUGGAAUGUCAAGUCAAUCAAUAACUUUAGCUUCAGUAAACCUAUAAACGCUAACGAGACGAGCCAAUCUUCCAAAGACAGUAAUUCCGGGUCUAGGGAUUCCAUGGAUUCGAAGAGCAACGAAAGCAGCGGCGUCGCGAUGAAUUUCAUGUGGUCAGGUUCCUCGACAGCCCCGAGAUUGAAAGUCAAGACGAAGCAGAACGAACCAAUCGACAAAAAAAUAGAUAAUACUGUACUCUUUGGCAAUUCACCGGUGAAAGAGAUGACCAAGUUGAAGUCCGUAACCGUCGAUUCAGGACUAUCGUCGUUCGAUCAAAGUUCGAGCGUCGAAAUUUGGGAGUGCUCUGAAUGUUACAUAAAAAAUGAUUCGAAAGAGAAUUCCUGUAUCGCUUGCAAAGCUUCGAAGCCACGAUCAACUGGAGUUAAGGAAAUACCGGAGGAUGCGAAAAGGCUAUCGCCUGCGAAAAAUAUCCCUACAAAUAUGAAUUUCGGAGCCCAAUUUAAAAUGAGCUCCGAUCAGUGGGAAUGCAAAGCUUGUUUGGUGAGAAAUCAGGCAACGAGUGUGAAAUGUGUAUCGUGCACGAGUCCUAAGCCAUCAUCGGGUGUUUCGAAGAACAGUAAUUCCUCAAAUUCAUCGACGAUUCCAACGGGUUUUGAUUUCCCUGAAAAGUUCAAACCCGCGGAAGGUUCCUGGGAGUGUCCGGGUUGUAUGCUUAGAAAUCCAGACUUGGUCAUAACGUGUCCGUGCUGCAGCGCCUCGAAGCCUAGCUUGAUUAAAAAUCUUCCUAAGAAAACUAGUCUCGAAGACGAAUCAACGAGAAAUCUUAACCGGAAUGAAGAAGGAACGCCUGACGAUGCUAAAUUAAUGGAUAAAUUCAAACCGGCUCCGACGUCCUGGGAGUGUUCCUCUUGUUUGGUAAGAAAUUCUGAGACGGCGAACGCUUGCGUUUGUUGCGCGACAUCGAAACCCGGCGCACCGAUCUCGGCAAAAAGCGUCAAAGAAGAAACGGCGCCGGUGCUGCCGCAAUCCAAUUGGAGCGAAAAAUUCAAAAAACCCGCUGGAAGUUGGACUUGUGACUCGUGUAUGCUGCAAAACAAAGCCGAGACGACCGAGUGCGUUGCUUGCAACGCCGUGAAGCCAGGAGCUGCGCCAAAACCGCAAACGAGCUCGAAAUUCACGUUCGGAGUGUCCGGAUCGAACAAUGGUGGUUUCAAAUUCGGCCUGGACAAAGCCGACGUCAAAUCGACAUGGGGCUCGGGCAGCGAAAUUGCCAACGGUUUCACGUUCGGAGCUAAAUCUGCUGUGACGGACAGUAAUCCGGGACAAUUUAAAUUUGGGAUCCCUAGGGAAACUGAGAAAACUGAGGCGGCGAAAGUGCCAGUAAACGCCAGUGGCUUUGUCUUCGCUUCUCCCAAAUCUGCCAAGGACAACAGCCCGAAAUCUGAGACUAAGGGGAACGAUAAGUCAAACGAAUCGGACGACACGACUGUCACCGGCGAGAAGAAAAAUCUUAUGCCAUUCGUUUUCGGCGUGCCGAAAUCUGUAAGGAAAAGGUCAGUCGAUAAUGCGCUGCUCGAAACUUCGAAGGAGCAAGUUGCGGAAAUAUCCACGAAGGCGAGAGUUGCCGAGGCUCAGUUUGUUUUUGGGAUUCCGAAAUCGAGUGAGAGUUCUACUAACGAUACUAAAUUGAGAUUCGAGGCGUCGACAAGCGAAAAGCCAUUGAUUUUUGGAAAUCAGACACAGCAGAUUACGAGCCACGAUUCCAACGCGAUUAAUCCCUUGGAAUCGGUGAGCAGCCAGGAACAAUCGGAAACGUCUGUUUCAUCCUCAAACACGACCUCAACUACGAAUACUUCUGAGCGAUUGCCUCGUACGUCUUUUCCAUUCUCGGAACCGAAAUCAAAAAUGGCGUCGCAAACUGCGGUUCUCGGCUUCAAACGAAACUCUGUUGAAGCCUCAAGUUCCGUUUUUUCAGUAAGCGGAAGUUCAGUCGUUCGAGAUGCGAGCGCUGAUUCAUCAGCCAACAAAACGGCAACGCCAAGUUUCGGCGUCACGAAUUCAAUUGCUCCGUCAACCGGUUUCGGACUCGCCGCGAGUUCUGCCUCGUCUUCAGCAUUGAUCGCCGAUACUUCUGCCGGUGAGUCGAAAAAUUGUUUUGCACCAGCAGCUGACAAACCGAAAUCGUUUUUCGGUAUUUCCGGAGAGAAAAAUCCUCCAGUUUUUGGUGGAACGAAUGAGAAGAACAGCCAGAUUUUCGGCAACCCCGAGAACAAAUUGACCCCGACAUUCGGCACAACUGACAAGCCAAUCACCCCCGGGGCCAUGUUCAAUUCUACUCCAGCGUCGAGCUUCGGAGCAAACGCAGCUGUGGCCCCGCAACCUGUCUUCUGGACCACGACUGCUCCUCCGGUUUUCGGAAGCAACGCGGCAGCUCCGAGUUUUGGGGCUGGAAACAGCGUCGGGACGAAUAUUUUCGCAUCGGCUGGAAAAUCUAAUAACGCCGCACCAACUUCAACCAAUAACCCAGGACUUUUUACUUUCGGCGGGGCUAAUAAUCAAACAAUUCCAAGCCAAACGACUCCGAGCACUUUUUCGUUUGCUAACGAGAAUGCGGGUACCGUGAGCUCAGCGGUUAAGCCGAUUUUCGCUUUCGGCAACUCUUCCAACACUUCUCAACCCAAUCCUAAUGAAUGUUUCGGAACACCUGCGACCAACACCGGAACUUUUGGCUCUUCUGCCGCGACGGUCACCAACCCCGCACCUUCUCCUUUCACCUACAAUGCUCCGGCUGCUAAACAAGACCCCCCACUUUUUGGGCAAACUUCGGCUCCGAUUCCCAGUAUGUUCGGUACUCAACCUACCGCUUCAGGCUUGGGACAACAGGCUAAUGCUCCUCCUACUUUCGCAAAUAACGCUCCUCCGUCUUCUACCGGAUUCACCUUUGGAGCUGCUCCACCUGCUACCGGGGGUUUCAAUUUCGGCGGUGGAAUGGCGCAACAGGCACCAGUUUCAUCCGGAGGUUUCAACUUCAACGCGCCUUCUCCUUCACCAGCCAUUGCUUUCGAUCCAAACACACGGCCGUCUUUUAACUUCACCGGUGGAACAGCACCAACCGCUUUUAACGCAACACCACAGCCGGUAACAGCGAGAAAAAUCAAGAAAGCUGUGAGAAGAAUGCAACAACGAUAGACGACGAACCAAAGUGUGAACAAACGCAACAUUUAACGCCGUAGAAAAACUUAAACUCGUGAGUUUACUUAUGUGCAGCUUGGUCCUUAUUUUUGGCGAGGAGGGAGAAAGAGAAACAGAGACAAGGAUCAAGAAAAGGAUGGAAAAGGUUGAGCGAAUGAUACGAGACGCAGAGAUACAGUGAACGUAACGAGAAUAAGACGACGACAUCAACGAGACGAGACCAGUGGUGGAUUGUAGUGACGGCGGUGGUGAUGGUGGUGGUGGUGGUGGUGGUGGUGGUGAUGAUGAUGGUGUUGUUGUUGUUUAGAAUGCGAAGCAUUUGUGUAAUAUAGUAAAAUGGUGAGAAAUACGCGAUGGUUUGAUUAAAGAUGCGUGAUCGACCAUAAAAAGGAGAAAAAACAAAACGGAAAUACAGACUGCCAUUUUUCGAGAGCGCUCGUGUUUUUUUUUUUUUUUAUGGAAAAGAACUGUAAAUUAUUAAUCGUUUGAAUUAUACAAUAGAAAUGGAUUGGAAUCAAA